CGCGGCUUCUCUGCCCAAUAAUGUAACUGCGCGUUUUUUCGACCUUAUACGGUAUACCGCUGUAUAGCUGACCCUUCCCAUUCCAAAAAACUAAAAUUUACAGGCAAAUCAGAGCGCUGUAGUUCGAAACGUUAGACGGCGUAACUCCAUUUAUAUUGCACUUUGCAAUACAUAGAUGUUUUUUUAAUAGCAAUUAUUAAUAUUAUUCUGAAAUGUGUUUUCACUGGACGCGAGUACAUCUGUGCUUUUGUUUUGCCAGGUAGCGGCAUUAACGUCGGUGGUACCGCCUUUUAAUUUAAAAUGUAAUCGUUGCUUUUUAAGCCUUUUUAAGUUCCAGUUUCGAUAAAAAAAAAAAAAACUGAACAAAACAAAAAAACAGUACCUGCGUGUCAUUUGUAUAAUUAUGCAUUUUUUACAUAUGAACGUCGAUGUUGUAACUUAAUACACUACUCGCUAUUAUUAUUUAAAUUUAAUUUUAGUAACAAUUAAGGUCGUUUUUAUACCAAUUUCGACAAAAAAGAGGAAGUUAUUGAGGUGUUCUUUUUUGUGUAUUUACUUUCAAUUAAGUACUGUAAGUACAACGACCCAUGUACAAACAUAAACAGUGUUUUGGUAACAAUAACGAAAUUCGUUAAAAAAAAAAAGAAGUAUUUUAAUAAUAAUAAUAAAAGCAGGAAGUUGUAUUUUUUCCAUUGUUACAGCUCUACCAGGAAGUCGGAGUACAUUUCUUGCUUUUGUUUUUUAACGUAGUUUCGUGGAAAGACGGUUUUGAGUCGGUAAAUAAUAACGUAGGCUUAAAAAGUUGUGAAACAUUUUAAAUAUUUUUUUUAAAAACACAUUUUAUUUUAAAUUUCACACGCACAUUAAAGUUUAAACGGGCCUUCCAAACGAAUCUGUGCUUGUGAGCAACAGCAAUGUCGUGAAUGAAACACGACACACUUUAAAACAAAGUGGAUUUUUUUUCUCUUAUUUCAAAAAAAGAAAGUAUUACACUCCUUCAAAGACGUCUGGGGUUUCGCCAUCCUUCGCCGCUGAUCUCUCUGUGUGAAGAGGAGGCUGUACAAUGACUGAAGAAAAGUGCAUCAGACAGGACCUGAUCGAUGCAGGCAGCCUGGUAGACAGGGUCCAGAUUGGAUCAGGAGGAUUCGGGAUCAUCUAUAAAGCCCGUCACAAAGACUGGGCCAUUCCUGUGGCUGUCAAAGAGCUGUAUGGACCGAGCAGCAACGACGUGCUGAGUGAAGCCAGGCUGAUGUGUGAAGGCAGCUGCCAGUUUGUGCUGCGCUUGCUGGGGGUGUGCCAGUCCCCCGUGCCCCAGGGAUCCUGGAGGCUGGGACUCGUCAUGCAGUUCAUGGAGAACGGGUCCCUGGAGGCCCUGCUGGAGAGACUCAGCCACCUGCCCUGGCCCCUCACUUUCAGACUUGCCCACCAGGUGGCGCUGGGGAUGAACUUCCUGCAUCUGCGCAGCCCUGUUCUCCUCCACCUGGACCUGAAACCCAGUAACGUGCUCCUGGAUGACAGCUUCAACGCUCAGCUGACAGAUUUUGGCCUGGCCAAGCUGAUGAGUUCCGUGUCUUCAGUUUCGAGAGAGAGUCAAGGUGGGACCAUAAGCUACAUGCCCCCCGAAGCUAUAGAAGAUGUGAACUACAAACCCACACCCGCAUAUGAUGUGUUCAGCUUCGGCAUUCUGCUCUGGUCCCUAAUCACUGGAGAAAAACCCUACUCUCAUGCGAAAUCCAGUUUGAUCAAGUGGCAUAUCCCUCGAGGACAGAGGCCGGAUAUUUCUCACAUCGACUCGACUGCAGUAGAGAAGCUGGGAGACAUGAUGAAGCUGAUGCAGAGCUGCUGGGACAGAGACCAGAACAACCGACCCCUGUUCAGCGAUUGUAUUCUAAUCACCGAGAAAGUCUAUGAACAUUACAGACCUGGGAUCCUAGAUGCCAUUCACAGAGUCCAAGACAUUCUGAGCAAAAUGCCCACAAGGGAAAGCAUGGACAGUUUGAGCAAGGAGAUCAGCAACUUAAGGGUUAAAUCUGAUCAGCAGUCACCAGCAGGUGUGCCUCUGGAUAAACACAUCCCGGUGCACCAAGCAACAGGACCAGGUCCACAGCAGGCAAGAAAACACAUUCAAGAUACUUCAACGGAAACUUCAGGGUCAGUACGAAGCAAAAAUAUAAAGCCAGAACAUCAUCCUCCUCCACCAAUGAGAAUGCAUUCUGCUGAAUCCAGAACCCAGACAACCAAUCAACAGUAUGCUUAUUGCCAGGAAACUUCAGAGUCAGUUCGAAGCAAAAAUAUAAAGCCAGAACAUCAUCCUCCUCCACCAAUGAGAAUGCAUUCUGCUGAAGCCAGAACCCAGACAACCAAUCAACAGUAUGCUUUUUACCAGAAUCCCUUUUCACCGCCUGCCUUCAAACCUCAGGAUUGGUAUAUGGGACAACCUUUGAGCCAAUCACAGCCAGUUAUCCACUUCACAGCCUCAAAUGUGUCUGGACUUCAGGUUGGACAUAACAACGUGAUGCACAUAACAAAAACCACAGACAAGAAGCAGAAGACAAAGAAAGCAAAGUGACACGAAUAGAAACGAUCCAAGCGUUCUACACCAUGGCACAAAGGAUCUUCAGUGAAACUUUAUAUUAUAACACAUUUAUUUUCGAAAAAAAAAAUAAGGUAUAUAAAUGCUGGACAUUGACAAUCUUUUUUUUAAAUCACUUGAUCAUUCAUCCUUGACUGAAGCACAUGCUCUUAAUCACCUAAUUAGUGAGACAGUUGAUUGGACGCUGGGUAUGGAGUGAUUUCAGCUGUUGCAUUGCAUGCUUGAAUAAAAGCAAUAAAGAAAAUCACAGAAAAAAAACAACAAUAUGCCACGUCUGUCAAGAGAGCAGUGCCUUCGUGCGAUCGGCAUGUUGGAGGCUGGACGAGGGCAGCGUGCUGUGGCUCGCCGUCUUGGGUGCUCACAGCCAGCGAUUUCAAACCUGGCGAGACGGUAUAACCACACACACUCUGUCAAUGACAGCGCCACCAACUGGGAGACCAAGAGUCACAACACCUGCCCCAGAUCCACAGAUCAUUCAGCAACAUCUUCGUGAUGUCAAUUGUUAAUCAGCACAAUAAACAGUCACUGCACCUGCUCUAAAACAGAGUGUGUCAUUUUUCAAUCACAUCUAGUGAAUUUUAUCCAAAUAUAAGUGAUAUGUUUCUUUUGAUGCUCGGUAUAUUUUAGGAUGUGACAUCAAUAAGAAAAUGACUAGAUUUUGAAUUGAUUUUUUUGCAGCUGUUACCCUGAGCAAGUCACUUAACCUCCUUGUGCUCCGUCUUUCGGGUGAGACGUAUUUGUAAGUGACUCUGCAGCUGAUGCAUAGCUCACACACCCUAGACUCUGUAAGUUGCCUUGGAUAAAGGUGUCUGCUAAAUAAACAACUAAUAAUAGGGCUUGGAAACACAAAUUCUUUAGAAAUGAAGCCCUGCUUAGGGGCCAAAGGUAGCACAAGUAUAGG